AUGCCGUCUCUCAUUUCAGAAUUCCACGAAGGCGAGCGCGCCAUGCACCAGCUGCUCAAGGUGCCGCGCAAUGAAGACCCCACUGCCCCCGGCUUGCCCAUGCGGUACGGCAUGCGAGUGAUGCAAUCGUCGCUCGUCGCCUUGGGCACGCUCGACGACGCCGGCCGACCGUGGACAACCGUCUGGGGCGGCGACCGAGGAUUCGCAAGGCCAGUCGCCGAAGGUGUGCUCGCGUUUAAUAGCUCUGUCGACACGCAAUACGACCCGGUAUUCAAAGCGCUGUGGGAGGGCAAGGAUGCGGAGGCCGACACGGUUGUUCGGCCCGGAGGCGGAGAGGGGAAGGAGAUGGCGGGUUUGUCGAUUGAUCUGGAGACGAGGGACCGUGUCAAGCUGAUGGGGAAGAUGGUGGCGGGCGCUGCAGUUAACGGCGGCAAGGAUGUGCAGAUGGCCAUGCUUGUGACAGGGAGCUUGGGUAAUUGUCCCAAGUAUCUCAACAAGAAGGAUAUUGUGACGCACGAGAUGAAGCCUGAGCUAGUCUCCGACAGUCUGCUUUUGUCGCAGGAGGCAUUAAACCUAAUUGAUAAGGCCGACAUGUUCUUCCUCUCCAGCACGAAUGGGGAGACUAUGGAUACGAAUCAUCGGGGUGGAAAUCCUGGGCUUGUGAGGGUUGUCAAAAACCAUGCAGAUGGCUUGGAGUUGAUAUACCCAGAGUUCUCCGGAAACAGACUGUACCAGACUCUGGGAAAUUUCAAGGUCAACCCUCUGGUUGGGAUAGCGAUUCCUGAUUUCGACACGGCGGACGUGCUCUACCUCACAGGCUCGGCUUCCAUCCUCGUUGGUGAGGAAGCAUCAAGCCUCCUCGCACGAACCCAACUCGCAGUCAAAAUCUCCGUCACUGCUGCCCGCUUUGUCAAGUCGGGUCUACCCUUCCGUGGUUAUGCUCUGGAGCGCUCGCCGUAUAACCCACCGACCCGACAUCUCCUGUCCGAGCACGAUGCGCACGUUGGAUCCUCACAGUCAGAUAUCUCGGCGAGUCUUGUGAAGCGCGAGGCGCUGACACCGACCGUUAACCGCUUUACGUUUCAACUUUCGUCGAGGUCAGACCGUGUGCUCCAGUGGCAUGCUGGUCAAUAUGUCACGUUUGACUUCCAGCAGGAGGUGAGCGCGGGCUAUUCACAUAUGCGGGAUGAAGAUCCCCAGAGCUUGAACGAUGACUACGUCCGAACAUUUACGGUGUCGAGUCCUCCAGGAUCAAAGCAGGUACAAAUUACAGCAAGGAAGCAUGGGCCUGUUACGAACUUCUUGUGGAAGCACAACCUACGUGUGCCAUUGGACAUUCCUGUCCUUGGGUUCGGCGGCGAAGAAGAAUUUCGCAUUCCUGCAGACCAAAAAGCACCACAGCCCAUAUUUAUCGCUGCGGGAGUAGGCAUCACGCCUCUCCUCGCUCAGGCCCAAUCUGUCCUGGACGAAGGCGUUCCCCUCAAGUUACUCUGGACUCUCCGUGGGGAGGACAUACCCCUCGCUGCGGACACGUUUGCUAAGAUCCCCGCACUAGCGGCCGCCACUACACUCUUCAUUACCGGACAGGCGGAGCAGAAGCAGAUUGAACGGCUGGGAACAGAGGUGGAGAGGCGGAGGAUGGGACGUGGGGACGUGGAGGAGUUGAAAGGGCGCGGGGCGCGGUUCUUUUUGUGUACGGGACCUGCGUUGCUGACGGCGCUGGGGGGCUGGUUGGAAGGAGAGAAGGUUGUGUGGGAAGAUUUUGGAUACUAA